GAAUAAAAAGAAUGCAGCUGAAGGAUCACUAUUCAUCUACCAUCCAAAUAUUUACUAACAAAUCAGGAACAUUCUCUGAAAAUAUAUUUUCCAACAGGGAAAAAACAAGAAGAAACUAAAGCAGCGUGGCAUUGUUUAUGACCCUAAAGAAGUUGUGAUUCCCUCUGUCAAAGUAGCAAGUUGUUGCCAUUUGCUGAAGGCAAAGUACAGACCUCAGAGGGCUGACAUGGGCCGGCUUGUCUUCCCCAAGCCGCUUCCAGCCGUGACGGGGAGCCCAGAUCACAAUCCACUUUUGCACCCCAAGGAGGCUGGCACUGGCCAAAACCCUCACCAGGAGGAAAUAAUCCGGAAGUUGGCCACGCAGCUGAGACACAUCGGGGACGGCAUCCACCGCAGGACAACUCAGGAUCUUCUGCAGGAAGGCAGAGACGCACUGGCUCAGUUGGUCUUGUUUGUCUUUGGAAGAGUCGAGGUGACGCUGCGCCUCUUCUGGAAUCACCACUUGCUGUAGAAGGGACACCAACGUGGCGCCCUGAUUCCCUCUUCCCGUGAGAGCCGAGUCCUGCCGGGAGGGCCACAGGCUGCCUGGCCGCCGUCUUUCCCUGGGGGCAACGAGCUAUGUGCUAACCUCACCCUCCAGCCAGUGGCCGCGCAGGGCCAUCUGCUCUGUCAUUUCCGCACCAGCACGGCCGCCGGGGCUUCCAGACCCACAUCUCCGCUCCUCCCUCCUGCUCCCGGGUCCCCUCUUCCUCUGUGACCCCUCCAUUUCCUCACUGACUGCUCUGACUUUGCCCUGCCCAGGGCAUCUUGCUCUGCCGCCGACCCAGCAGGAGCGCGAGUCCUUGGCCUGCAGCCCUGCCCUCCCGAGCGCGGCCCAGAGUGAGUUCCGAACUCGGCUCUGACCGAGUGGCUCACGGAUGGAUCGGGCCCUGUGCUGGCUGACUUGGUUCACUCAUUCUGUGCUGCUAAACUUCAUCUUUCUCUUUCAUGUUUUAAAAAAGUAUCCGUCUCAUAGCCUCCCAGCCUUUGUUAAAAGAAUCAUAAGUAUUAAGAAUGCUGUUAUAAAUUAAAAGUUCUCUGUGUGCAUCUUGAGUUCUUCAUAGGAAAACUGUUAUAAAAAAAAAAAAACUACUUGAAAGGGCUGGGGAUUAGUUCCACGGUGCGGCCACCUGCCUGGUUAAGCACAAGGUCCUGAGUUUGAUCCCUGGUACCCCCCCCUAGA